AUGGUUGCCACGCUCCUCUCCAUCUUCUCACUUUUUAAUCGAAACAUGGCAGAUCCUAGAGCCGAACGUACCUUCCUUGCCGUCAAACCCGAUGGCGUUCAGAGAGGACUUGUUGGUGAAAUCAUCAGUCGUUUUGAGAAGCGUGGUUACAAACUUGGUAGCCGGCAAAUUCGUCUGGUGGUGGAACCUGUUAAAAUACUGAUUUUCUUUUUGCAGCCAUCCAAGGAUCUUCUGCACAACCACUACGCUGAGCUGUCCAGCAAGCCAUUCUUCCCUGGUCUCAUCGAAUACAUGAGCUCAGGCCCUGUAUUUGCAAUGGUUUGGGAAGGCACAGAUGUCGUGAGCGUGGGCAGAAAGAUGCUUGGUGCUACAAACCCACGGGAGUCCCCUAUUGGGACCAUCCGAGGAGACUUUGCUAUUGACGUUGGCCGAAACAUCUGCCAUGGUAGUGAUUCUGUUGGAACUGCAGAGCGAGAGAUUGCCUUGUGGUUCACCCCUGAUGAGGUCGUCAGCUAUGGUCUUGCCCAGAAGAAGUGGAUUUAUGAAUAA